AUGACGAACUUGUACAAUACUUCUCUUGUCUCUGGCUACUGCCUCUUACCUUUCAAAACUGCUUUAGUGGCCCUCAUUCCUAAGCCAAACAAAGACCUAAUCGACCCCAAGAAUAACCGCCCAAUUAGUUUACUAGAGACAUUAGAGAGAAGACUAAAGACGGUUCUCGUAACCAAGGACGCGGCGCGAGCCUUCGACACGGUCUGGCAUGCUGGCUUGAAGUACAAACUGUGCACCAAAGUCAAAGUUCCAUCGUGCACCAAGAAGCUUUUAAGCAGCUUCUUGGAUGACCGUAAAUUAAAACUUAAAUUUAAAGGCAAGAUUUCGGACACCAUCCACAAGAUACACUUAAGCCAUUACGACUGGACUGGCUGUGAGGGCGCGCAAGUUGAGUCCAUCCUGAAUCACCCGCGGCGUCUCUGCUAA